AUGAUGCUGGCGGGGCUGGUGAUGCUGGCGGGGCUGGUGAUGCUGGCGGUGCUGGUGGCAGGACUCCUUCCUCCCCAGCUGUUCGAGGCUGCGCUUUGCGCAGUUAACAGCAAACAAGAAGCCUUUUCGAGCGUUUCCGCCUCCAUCUACCUGGAACGAACCGCGCCCGCACAAAGCCCGGCCCGCGUGUGCCACCCGUGCUGCGGGGACAGCGCUCCUGACCCCGGCUACCGGCACAGAGGGGGCAGCAAGCAAAACGGGGCAGGGAAGGAGGAGUUGGCAAACAACGCCGCCAGAACGAGCCUCCUGCUAAUGUUGGCAAAGUGCAGCGGUGCCCCGAUCCAGCGGAGAGCUGCAAGCGGCCUCUCGGCUGGGGAAGGAAACGAUGGGGAUGGCACAGGGACGGUCCUGGGGGCUGCGAGGGGGCGAAAGCCCCCCAGGAGCCACCUGGUAGGGGUGAGCAGCGUGCGGGGGAGCGGACACGACGCGAGCGGGUGGCGGGCCCCCGGAGCCGCCCCCUCCCCUGCCCGGGCUGGGCUCGGCCGCUCCGGGCGCAGCUGCGGCGGGGGCGGUGCCGGGGAGGGGACGGCGGCGGGCCCGGCCCCUGUGCCCGCCCCGCCGGCACAAAACGGAGGCGGGGGCGGCCGGGGCCGCACUCCCCGCAGCGGGCCGGGCUGCGGGCCGGGCCGAGCGGGGGAUGUAGCGCUCAGCACCGCGGACAGCGGCGGGGCCGGCCGGGGGCUGGCCGUGGCUCCGGGGGCUAUGGCCGGCGUGCAGCAGGGCGAGAAGCAGCUCUUCGAGAAGUUCUGGAGAGGCACCUUCAAAGCCGUGGCCACGCCGCGACCCGAGAGCAUCAUCGUGGCCAGUAUCACCGCCGGCAAGCCGCUGCCCAGUGGGACGCUCGGCUGCCUGCCGUACCCUGCGGAGGACAGACGGCCCGAGAAGCUGAGCAGCUGCGUGGUCAGGGAACCCGCCAGCACCAAUGGCUGCGCCAAGGGCAGGGACAGACGCGACCGUGCCCACCGCAGGUCACGCAGCCCUUCGUGUGAUGAGGAGCGGCCGCUGCCGGCUCGGGGGAAGAAGAAGAAAAAGAAAUCUGGCCGCAAGAAGAGAAGGAGGUCUCCCUCCUACAGCCCUUCACCUGUGAAGAAGAAGAAGAAGAAAAGCUCCAAGAAGCGAAAAAGAAACAGGUUAUCAUCAAAGAAGAGAAGGCACAGUUCUUCAAGCCCCAAAAGUAAGAGAAAGGAAGAAAGAAAACACAAAAAACACUCUCGUGGGCGCACCCGGAAAUCCCAUCGGCAUCGCCGCUGCCACUCUCGCUCAGAGAGCUCCGACUCCCACUCCCCCAGCUGCCGGAGCAGGCACAGAGCCAGGUCUCGGGAGGAAGGGCGUAAAACACGGCGAAGACACUCCUGGCACCAUUCAAAGAUCACGGCAAGGAGAAGCUCCUCUGCAGAGGUUCAGGCCAGUCAAAAAGCCAGCCAAACCCUCCCACUCUGCAGCUUCCUGUCCUCUAAGGAAGUAAGCGUGUGGGGCCAUGUGAGUCAGUGCUUGUAAAGCCUUAUAAGGCAGCGGGGAGAGCAGAACCUCACACCACACGCUGAUGUGUGCACGCACACGCAAAGGAAAAAAAAUCAGAUCUCUCAGUCAGGGUCUUCUGCUGACCUCUUUACCAAAACAGACAGCCCGCCUGGCAACCUAGCCAGCCAGAAUGGAGAGUAUCAUGAAUAUGACUCAGGAAACGAUACUUCCUCCCCUCCCUCCACUCAAACGAGCUCAUCCAGGUCAAAGGACAGCCAGGAGAAAAGAAGUCUAGUCCAUGAUGGCUUUGGCCAUGCCUUCUCGUCCGGGAAGCCCAAACUGGCCAACAGCGAUAACAGCUCUGAUUCAGGAAAUUCCUUCACCAGUUGCUUUUCCCAGACCAAGGGAACAGCUUUGGAAAAUCUGUCUCCAGAUGCCCAGGGACAAGACCGAAGAGCGUGCCUAUCCUCAUGUCUCGGUUCCUCAGAGGAGAAGAAGCGAAGCUUCCUCCCCUCCCCAGCCCACAGCUCCCCGCUCAGGCCUGGCUCCCGCAGCGAGUCCUGCACCAGCACGGGCAGAUCCUCCCCCGGCUCCAGCCGCUCCCGCUCCUCGCCCCGCAAGGCCUCUCCCAGGUACUCCCGAAGCAGGUCCUGCUCCUCGGGAAAGAGGUCUUCCUCACGUUCCCCCAGCUAUUCCUCCAAAUCCUGCAAAAAAAGUCCUGGGAGUAGAAGUUCAAGGCCUCGCCGGAGCCCCAGUUACUCCCGCUACAGCCGCAGCAGGGACCGCGAGCGGGAGCACAAAUACAGCUCCAGCGAGAAGGAGUCGCACCGGGAGCGGCAGCGGCGGCGCCGCUCCUACUCCCCCCUGAGGAAACGCCGGAGAGACUCUCCCAGCCACCUCGAAGCUCGGCGCAUCACAAGUGCCCGCAAACGCCCCAUCCCCUACUACCGUCCGAGCCCGUCCUCGUCCAGCAGCGCCGGCAGCUAUUCCUCCUGGUACAGCAGCUUCAGCCGCUCCCCGAGCCGCAGCCGGAGCUACUCCAGCUACCGGACGAGCCGGAGCCGAAGCUGGAGCAGCAGCCGGAGCUCGGGCCCCAGGAGCAGCCGCAGCAGGAGCAGGAGCUAUGACUCAGGAGCCAGCUCCGACAGCCUGCGUCGUUAGGGAGUGCCGCUGCUGGCUGUCACCGGGUGCCCGCGUCACCGCCACAUUCCUGGCAUUCUCCGCUUCCUUCCCACCUACCUGGCCAUCGAUAGCAAUCAUCCCCGAUACUGACGUGGUGGCACUGCCGGGUCCCCCAGCCCCGGUUCGGAGUAAGAGCCCUGGAGCGCCUGGUGCAGCCCCUGCGCCCCACUGCAGAGUGCGUGGAUCAGUCCCAGCUCCCCAGGCCAGGCUGGAAGAAGGGUCGGUGCUUUAUAAAGGAUUUGUCACAACAGACCUGCUCCAUCCUCCCCGAUGCUCCCAUCUCCCCAUUGCCACUGCUCUCCAAAGCACUACCAGCGGGUCCAAAGGAAAGAAUUCUGCUCCUUGCUCUUCUGACAAACCAGGAACCAACAAAUUAACUUCUGUUGGAGAAACAGACCAGUUGGGGAGGAGUUUGCUGGAAAGCUUUGGUGGCAGGGGGAGGAUGGCUGUCCCCACCAAGGCAAAUAUCAGGUCCUUUGGGUCCCUUCUCCAGAGCUGCUGCCCACUCUGCAAAGAAAAUAUUUAUUUUCUGCCAGUCAGCCAGACCCUGCUAUAAAUAGAAGGCUAGAAAUCCUUCCUGACAUACUUCCUGGGAAAAAAAGGCUGUUUGCUCUUUCUGCUGCCCUUUCAUACUAGGUAGCAGCACCUUUCACAGGGUUGCUUUAUCCCCCAGCGCUGAAUUUCUUGCAAACCACCUGCUGAGGUCUGAAGCAGGCCUGGGGCUGGUGGGGUACAAGGCAGAGGGGAGCUGGUGCUGUGCUGUGCUCCGAGGGCCAGGCCACGUGUGGGUGACGAGGGCCAAGGGCUUCCCUUCUUGGAGGAAGCCUCGGGCAGUUUGGGCUUGGGUUCUUCUUCAGGGAGCAUUGCCCUCAGAGCGUGUUGCUGAUGGGAGGGAGGUGCAAAGGGAGGUGCAGAGAUAGCAGUUUUGGGGUGCAUCCAGAACACACAGGGUACACAGGGCACUUCAAGAGCCAGGGCACCCCAAUUCCCCUUCCUCUAAACAGGCAGCAAUUUCAGGCAGGAUUCCAGGCAGUCAUUCCUCCUUGAGCCCCUCUGCUGCCCUGGGGCAGGAUCAGCAGCACAGUUGCAGGGCCGGUGCCAGGCUGCAGCAGGAUGCACUGGUGCCCCAGUUUGUUACUGGGAGGCCAGAGCAGUGCAGGGGGACAGGAAGGGCCCCCAACUAAUUGCCUGUUUUUCCAGGGAGCCACAGGCUGCCCUGGGCCCUGGAGUUUUGUCUCCCUGCCAGCCCAGCUGCCUGCGCAAUUACUGUGUUUUGCCGGGUAACAAAGGCUUCUCCCAGCACAGGCUGAGCUGGUGCUGAGGAGUUUAUUUCUCUUACAACACCUGGGUGCUUAGAGACGCUAAUUUGGGCUUAAGACUUCCCUCCCUCCCUUUUUUCCAUCCCCUCCCCUUCCAUCCUGCACGAUUAUUAACGAGUUCGGGCUUAAUGAGUCAAGGAGGUGUGUGUUGUUUAAGUGUUACAGAAAAGGGCUGAGUGGAGCCACCAUCUGCAGGAGG